CUUCGCACGCAAACUUAUUUUUCAAAAUUUAUAUUAUAAUAUUAAGGUUUUUGAAGCAGUUUAUCAAGAUUAUAAAGAAGUUUCAUCAUGGGAAAGCGGAAAGCAGAGGAAAGAGAGGCAAAAAUUAGGAAGAAAAUAAGAAAAUUGGAAAAGAAAUUGGCACCAAAAAGAGGACGUAUAAUGCGUUUACCUUCCAGCUCAAGUGACGAAAACAACGAUGUCAAUCAGUCGGAGAAUGACGCAUUAUGUGAUCCUUUGUCGGUGUAUUUUGACACCACGGCCGUACAUGACGAUGAACGUCCAGACAUCAUGUCAGCGACGGCAUUACCUGGAACAGCUGUCGAAACGACAGUUUUGCAAGACAGUGGUGCCGAUUCUGCAGUCCCAGGUCCGGAGGGAAGUACUGACCCUGAACUAGAUGGUUCAAUUCUUUCAUUGUUGGGUGACGCCCCUGAGAAUAAUAGUGAAUUAGGACUACCUAUACAUAAGGAUAUUGCCACUAGGUGGCAAGAGAUUUUGCAGAAGGGUUUAAAAGAAGACAUUAAAAAAGACUUAAUCAAAUUAUAUCCUAUACCCAAUAAUUUAGAAAUAUUGAUACCGCCAAUCCUAAAUCCCGAAGUAAAGGCAGCAUUAACAGAGCCUCUAGUAAAACGGGAUUUUGCUAUAUUUCACAGACAGAAGCAGACCGGGAUAGCAUUGUCUGCUCUUGGCAGAUCGGUAGACUCGAUAGUAAACGACCCCGAUAAAAGUUUACAAAAUAUUGAGAUAAAAUCAGCCUUAUUAAGACCAAUUAGCGAUGCCUGUCGCAUUUUAUGCGACUUAUACCAACUUGAGACCAAGAGGAGAAGAACUCAUAUAAUAAAUUCAAUAAAUAAUAAGAUGAAAGACAUAGUUAUGGACACAGUGCCAGGAAAGUAUCUUUUUGGUGACAAUAUAUCAGAAAAGCUCAAGACAGCCCAGGGUAUUAAUAGAUCUGGGCAGAUUUUAAAGGUCAUACCAAAUAAAACACCCUUCUCUAAUUCAAACAAGAAUACUAUGACGGCUACACCUAGCAAUGUUAAGUCUUUAAACCAGAGGACCCCAUAUCGGAAAACAGCUGCACGUUCUUAUAUGGGGAAACAACGACUGCAGGAUCGUGCAGCACCAGCAACGGUGGCAACAAGCAGCCGCCAGCGACACUACCGCCGCAGCCCGCCGCCGCCGCCCCCUCGACGUCAGAGACAGCAGCGCUAUUGAACAGUAACGACAAGAAUUCAUCACAAUCUGCACAGUUCACUAGAACUGAUUGCCGUGAGAUUGUCAGGGAGACACUACUAGGACGACAACUUUCCCCAAGAUCUGUGGAUAUCAUGUUAGCAUCAUUGACGGAUAGUACAUAUAAGCAAUAUGAUGGCUGUAUUAGAUCAUGGAUUAAGUAUUGUGAGAUUAAUAACAUAUGCUAUCAUUCUGCAUCUAUUUCGGAAAUAAUACAUUACCUUAGUCAACUUUUUGAUCAGGGAGUACGGUAUGGCACUAUUAACUCUCAUAAAGCAGCAAUAAGUUUGUUAAUGGGAAAUCCCAUAGAUGAUAAUAGGAUAAAGAGAUUCAUGAAGGGAGUAUAUAGAUUACGACCUCCCACACCUAAAUAUGAUAUAGUUUGGGAACCUAAUAUCGUUUUAAAUUAUUUAAGCCAAUUCUGGCCCAACCAUACAUUAAGUUUAGAAGAUUUGUCAAAGAAAACAGUCACGCUUAUUGCUUUAGUAACGGCUCAUCGUGUCCAGACCAUCUCCCUUAUCAAAAUCAGUAAUGUUGUUAUAAACCAGGGUAGUGAAGUUAUUAUUAAAAUACCGGAUUUUAUAAAGACUUCUGGACUUAACAUAAAUCAACCUGUAUUAAAACUCCCUUUCUUCACUCCCCGGCCUGAGAUUUGUCCAGCGUUAAGCAUCAUUGCUUAUUUGAAUAAAACUGCACCUUUACGUGUAAAUAACCAAGAACGAUUAUUCUUAAGUUAUAAAAAACCUCAUCAGGAGGUUUCCUCCCAGACUAUAAGUCAUUGGAUAAAGUUUAUUUUGGGUAAAAGUGGCGUUGAUGUAUCGAUUUUCACCGCGCAUAGCACUCGCCAUGCAUCUACUUCAUCUGCCAAUAGAAUUGGAGUCAGUAUUGAGGUAAUAAAAAAGACAGCUGGUUGGAGUGAACAAUCGGGAGUUUUUGCAAAAUUCUAUAAUAAGGAGAUUAUUAACGAUCAAAAUUCAUUUGCUCGAUCCAUUCUUACGAACAAUAAUAAUAAUUGUGACUAAAUUAAGUAAUCUGUUUGUAAUGUAGUUAUAAGAACUGAAACUUUACUUUAUCAUGGUUUUUUUUUUGUGAUUAUAAAAUCAAUGAUUAUUCUUCUACUAUAACUUCUAUGAAGAAAAUCAAUAAAAAUAAUAUAUAAUAAGAUACUUUUUAGUGUGUCAUUUUAUACUACACAGGGACCGUCUUACCUACCUAUUUCUUUAAUGUAUUAUUUUUACUAUGAACAGCUAUAAACAUCUACAAUAAGUAAACCCCAAAUCGCUAGAAUGAAGCUUGUGAAGCAUAAUUUAUGAUCAAACGAACUUACCUGUAAGUGAAGUUCGAUCCAAAUUAUGCGAGCAAGCUUCAUUCGACGCGAUUUGGGAGAACCCACCCUAAUCUAGUGAUGAUAAAAUAUAAUACGCGUGGUCGUAUUUGAAAUAGACCCUCCCUAUGCAUAGAUAUAUCUACAUACAUCAUGUAAAAAUAAUAACAUCAUAAAUAGGUAUUGCCCCAGGGUAUUAUUUUAUUUCAGGUACCUAACUAGCUUUAAACCAAUGAGUCGAGGCAGGGAUGUAUACAAGAUGGCGGACACAAUAGUGAUACCAUACGUAAAUUUGUUUUUUUCCCUACUACAAAUAACGUGAAGGCCGGUGGGUAGAAAGUGUUGCUACAAUAAGUAAACCCCAAAUCGCGUCGAAUGAAGCUUGCUCGCAUAAUUUGGAUCGAACUUCACUUACAGGUAAGUUCGUUU